AUGGCCAAGGUGUGUUUGACAGAUGAUGUGAUAGAGUGGAGGUUUCACGGAGUUCUCAUUGCUAGAGUCAAUACUGUGUCUGAUACUGGGUCUGAUGGAGUGACGGUUGUGUCAGUGACAGAGGGAGAUUCUGUUGUCCUACACACUGAUAUUCCUGAAAUACAGAAAGAUGAUGAGAUACUAUGGAGAUUUAGAGAUAAAGAUGUUAUUGCUAAAAUUAAGAAAGAUGAACACAUCUUCUCUAUAUUUGAUAAUAGUGCUGAUGGGAUAUUCAGAAGCAGACUGCAGCUGAAUCCUCAGACUGGAGAUAUCAUUAUCAGUGACAUCAGAAACAGCACUUCUGGACUUUAUAAAGUUGAUUUCAAGAAGAGCAGCUACACCACACACAAGUCAUUCAAUGUGACUAUCAGUGAUAAACUGAACAGAGUGCACGUGAAGGAGGGAGUUUCUGUCAUUCUGGAAUCUGGUCUUACUAAAUUAGAAGGAGAUGAUCUGUUACAAUGGAGAUUUGAACAUGAAGACCAUGCCAUAGCAAAAAUCAACAAAACAGCUUCAUCAUCCUCUACAUUUGAUGUUGCUGAUGGAAGAUUCAAAGGCAGACUGGAGCUGGAUGAUCAAACUGGAUCUCUGACCAUAAGAAAGAUCACAGCUGAACAUGCUGGACUCUAUCACCUCGAUAUCACCGGCAGCAGCCACACCAUAUUCAAGAAAUUCAUGGUUUUUGUCUGUGAUUCAGGUCUGUCUACAGCUGCUGUAGCAGGGAUUGUUGUUGGUGUUCUUCUGCUCGUGGUUGCAGCUGCUUUUGGGAUUUGCUAUCGCCACAGGAGAUAUCAAAACGGCAAACAAGGAAAGAAGCAGACGUUCUGCAGUUCUGUAGAAAUUCCAAGUGUGAGGAAGAAAUAUGGACAUCACAUGAUCUGA